UUUUCUUCUGUUUACCAGAUUUGUUCAGACUGUUCAAAUCUUUCUGUUGUGUUUCUCCUAAAUUAUUCUCUUUUUGAUCGAAACAGAAACUAAAACCAUCUUAUUUUAUUCUUUAUGGCAACAGCUGUGGACACGCCCCCUGUCUGCAGGCCCCGCCCCCGAUGGCGUCACCAGCCGGCCAGAAGAGGUUUAAACCGCAGAGAAACUGAAGCUCUGCAGAGAGGAGAAGAAGGAGAAGAAAUGGCGGACUCAACUAGCAGCUCUGACUCUUCAUCAUCCAACAACUCGUCUUCCUCACUCAGACACCUCACACACUCAGCCUUACAGCUCAUUCACUGGAAAGAACCGAAGAAGUCGGCGGUGGCGUUUGGCCUAUCGCUGCUCGUCCUUGUCUCCAUUGCAACGCUGUCUGUCAUCAGCGUGGUGUCGUACCUGCUGCUGGCCGGCCUCUGUGUCACCAUCACCUUCAGGGUUUAUAAAUCUGUGAUCCAGGCGAUCCAGAAAUCAGAUGAAGGUCAUCCAUUCAGGUCUCUGUUGGAGAGGGACAUCUCAGUGUCCUCUGAGUCGGUCCGACUGCUGGCUGAUCAGUCUCUGAUCCAUCUGAACUGGUUCAGCAUUCAGACCAGGAGGCUGCUGCUGGUGGAAGACCUGGUUGACUCUCUGAAGCUCGCUGCUGUCAUGUGGAUGAUGACAUAUGUUGGAGCCAUCUUUAAUGGACUCUCCAUCCUGAUCCUUGCUGAUGUGAUCUGCUUCACCACACCGCUCAUCUACCAGAAGAAAAAGGAACAGAUUGAUCAGUGCAUGGAAAUGAUUCGGUCCAGAGUCGAAGAGACGCUGCAGAAGCUGCAGGACAAGUUACCUGGAGCUGUGAAAAGAACCAAAGCUGAGUGACCAAGGGACCUGCACACACACCUGCAGACACUGUGGCUCUUCCCCCUCCUCUGAUUGGUCCAUUUGUCUGUAAUAAACUUUUACUGAUAAGAAAAACACUAAAGCUGAGCAUUUGUUUAAUUAACCUGUUUGUCUCAAUGAAAGUCUACUAUGGGCUGAAAUAUGUGCCACCAGAAACUGAAUUUGAAUUAUUUAUAUUUGAAUUGCUAAACUUGAAUAAUUGCAUUAAAAAAC